AUGUCCGACGCCAAAGAAGCCGUCGAAACCAAGUCCUCGUGGCUGGACGAGCCGGUGUACUCGCAACAGCUGCCAUACAGCGAAACCAGCACCGGCGGCCUGAAAUGGCAGAAUUUUAAAGACUCGUGGAAACGCGCCGACCCCGACUCCGUGUUGAAGGGCGAUGGCGGUAACGAAUUGAAGAAGGGGAUGAAGAAGCGCCAAUUGCAAAUGAUCGCCCUCGGGGGGUGUGUGGGUUCGGGUCUCUUGGUGGCGCUGGGUAAAGCGCUCACUUACGGCCCGGCGUCGGUGGUCAUCGCCUGGACGGUGGUGCUGACGUUCUUAUACUGUACCAUGCAAUCGUUGGCGGAGAUGUCCGCCGUGUUGCCUGUCGACGGUUCGUUCGCCGUGUACUCGGCGCGGUUCAUCCACCCGUCGUGGGGUUUUGCUAUGGGGUGGAACUACGCCCUUUUCUGGGUGGUGGUGUUACCCGUGGAAUUAGUGGCGGCGCUGAUGACAAUCAACUUCUGGCCACUGGAUAUCAAUAAUGAUGCCUGGGUCGCCAUCUUCUACGUGGUGAUCAUCGGGCUUAACCUCUGUGGCCAAAAAGGGUUCGCCGAAACGGAAUUCGUCGCCUCGGUGAUUAAGCUUUUGGGCGUUGUCGGUUGGGAUAUCUUCGCCAUUGUCAUGAUCGCUGGUGGCGGUAAGCAAGGUUACAUCGGGGCUAAGUACUGGCACAACCCGGGUUCGUUCACCGGUGGUUUCAAAGGGGUGGUGUCGGUGUUGGUCACUGCCACUUACUCGCUCGCCGGUACUGAACUUAUCGGUUUAACCGCGUCUGAAUCCAAGGAAAACCCCCGGAUCGUGCUUCCUAAAGCCAUCAAGCAGGUGUUCUGGCGUAUCGUCAUCUUUUACAUGUUGACGCUUAUCUUGAUCGGCUUCAUCGUCCCUAAGAACCUGCCCAAGUUGAUGAACGGUACCUCCGACAACUCGGCGUCGCCCUUCGUCAUCGCUAUCAACGACGCUGGUGUUAAAGGGCUCGACUCGGUGUUCAACGCCGUCAUUCUCAUCGCGCUUUUGUCCAUCGGUAACUCCGCCGUCUACGGGUUCUCGCGGACGAUGUUGGGUUUGGCCAAGGAAGAAUUGGCCCCCAAGAUCUUCCUCUACGUCGACCGCAAGGGUCGCCCUUUGGUGGGGAUCGCCGUGUGUGCCAUUAUCGGUCUCAUUUCGUUUGUCGCCGCUUCGCCUAAGCAAGGGGAAGUGUUCGCGUGGUUGAUGGCCCUUUCCGGGUUGCUGACGUUGUUCACUUGGGGCUCGAUCUGUGGCGCCCACAUCCAGUUCCGUCGCGCGCUUUACCACCAAGGCCGUACCACCGAUGAGCUCCCUUACGUCGCCAACACUGGCUUCUGGGGCGCGGUGUACGGUUUGCUCUGUAACAUCGUGGUGUUGUGCUUCCAAUUCUGGAUCUCGGUGUGGCCCAUCGGCAAGCAGCCAGACGCCCAGUACUUCUUCGAACAGUACUUGGCGGCGCCGAUCGUGUUGGCGUUCUUCCUCGGCCACUACUUCUUCUUCUACAAGGGGUGGAACCUCCUCAUCCCCGUGUCGCAAAUCGAUAUCGACACUGGCCGCAAGGAGGUCGACGUCGACAUGUUGCGCCAAGAGAAGGAAGAGGAGCUUGCUCGUCGCAAGGCGUUGCCAUUUUACAAGAAGAUAACGGCGUUCCUUUGCUAG